UGAGCAUGUCCCUUUCUAUUUUCACACACAUCACUCUCUAUCUUUCAUCCCUUAUAUCUCCUCCUCACUCAUCACAUCUUCAACAAUCCUACUCAUACUUAAAAAAAAAAAAAAAAACUUAUUUCUUUUAGUUCUCCAUUUGGCAUUUCAUUAGCUUUAUCAACAAAUUUCAAAAUCCUUGUUCUUCAUGUGCUAGUAGUAUAGUGCUUAUUUUACUAAAUAAACCUUUCUUGUGCUAUUAUAAUUAUUUUUCAAAAAAUGAAAGAGAGCAUUAAGUGUGAAGAAAUUGGUCUCAUUGGUGAACUAAUCCAAGGUGAAGAGCUAGCAAAGAAGCUUUAUGACCAAAUUUUCUCUCCAUCAUCACCAUCAUCAUCAACAUCAUCAUCAUCAUCAUCAUCAACAUCAACUUCAUCACAUCAAGUCUUAAUUGACAAAUUAAUUUUGUCCAUUGAGACAGCAAUAACCAUGGCAAAGGGUAAUGAGGGAAAAAUUAAGACAAACAAUGUCAACAUGAUGGAUUCUCAUUGUUCAAAUGGAAGCCCUAAAAGUGAGGUCCAAGACUCAAAGUUCAAGCACAAACAUGUGUCUAAGAAAAGAAAAACCGUGCCUAAGUGGACAGAGCAAGUGAAGGUUUAUUCUGGAACAGCAGCUGAAGGGUCUGUGGAGGAUGGUCAUAGCUGGAGAAAGUAUGGACAAAAGGAUAUUCUUGGAGCUAAGUUUCCAAGAGGAUACUACAGAUGCACACAUAGACAUGCACAAGGUUGUCUAGCUACUAAGCAAGUGCAAAAAUCAGAUGAAGAUGAAAUGAUAUGUGAGAUAACCUACAAAGGAAGACACACAUGUACUCAAUCUAACAAGGCACUCCCAUCAAAAACAAAGUUGAAAUUUGGACAAAAUAAAUCACAACUCAAUCAAAAAAUUCAACCCCAAGAAGAGAAAAUACAAUCACCUCUAGAAAAUAAUUUCUCUAUUGACGACAAGGAGGAUAUAUUUCAAUCAUUCAAUUUUUCCUCUCCAUCAAUAGGAUCUGAAAAUGAAGAUAACAACAUAUUUUUAGAGACCAUGAUUGAAAACAAUUUCAUGGAAAAUGAGGAUAACAAUAUAUUCUCAGAUUCAAACAUUUUCUGCUUGUCAUCACUAUUGGAUUUGGACAGCACUGGACUAGGCCCAAGCGAGAGUAACAUCACUGAGAUAAUUUCAGGCCCAAAUUCUAUUGCCAAUUCCCCAAUGGAUUUUGAUCUCUAUAAUGACAUAAAUUUCGACAUGGAUGAUUUCUCUAUCAACACACAAGAACUUUGCUAUUGAUGAAUAAUAGCACUUAGAAAUUUUGUGCAUGGAUUAACUUGUGAGUUUUGUAGAUCAAGAUUAGUAAAAUGGCAAAGAGGAGGAUUACAAUAUGUAGUAAUCAUGUUUUGUGUGUCCAAAAAUAAGAACAAUGAAACUUCCUUUCUAAGUUAGUUAGGAGAGUUUUUCGGGUUAGUUAGGAUGUAAUGUGAAAAUAUUUUUUAUAUUGUAGUUGGCUAUUGUAUUUCACUAUUUUGAGGUUUCUUUGUUCUGUUGUAACUUAGUCAUCAUCCAUCUAUCAUAUGUCUUCUUUUGUUCAAGCCGAGGAAGAAAUUGCGAAAUAAAUAGUUUUUGGUUUACCCUA